AUGGGUCUUUGGGCCAGAUGGAAUGCAUUGCCAGUGACAGCUAGGUACUAUGUUGGAUUUUCAUUUUUGAUUUUCGCUGGUAUUGGUGAAUAUGUUACAUCCAGAGUUGAUCAAGAAGUUGACAAUAGAAAGAAGAUAUUGAAAGAACUUCAACAAGAAUCAGAACAACAAAACAGACUAUGA